AUGCCUAAUGUGGCUACGCCACAUCGCUUUAAGCGUGGUGCUGUUAAACUAGCUGAUAGCCCCUAUCCAAAUAAAAAAAUUUGUUUUGAUUUGGCUUUCAAGUCCUUUGCUUUAAAGGUUCCGGACGAUUGGAUUAUUCCAGACGUCAACACAGAAUUUCUGGAACGUAACUCUUGCCCGGAAGCAUUGAAGCAGGUGAAGGAAACUGAUCUGGUUAUUUGGGUGGAUCCACUGGACGGAACGGGCGAGUAUACGGAGGGUUUUCUGGAAGGAGUUAUGGUGCUCAUUGGCAUAGCGGUCAAUGAUCGAGCCGUGGGAGGUGUAAUUCAUCAGCCCUAUUUUAAGGCCGAUACGGGUGAGCUGGGUCGGACAAUUUGGGGAGUACAAGGAAUUGGUACCGGUAGAUUUACACCUAAACGCCCUCCAACCGAUCGGUUCAUAGUGACCACAACUAGAUCCCAUUCCACUGCAGUAGUUCAAGCUGCUUUAGAUGCUUUAUCGCCGGACGGUAUUCUUAAAGUGGGUGGAGCUGGGUAUAAAGUGUUACAGCUCCUGGAAGGAAAUGCUCAUGCACAUGUUUUCGCAAGUGCUGGUUGCAAAAAGUGGGAUACCUGCGCUCCGGAGGCAGUACUCGAGGCUCAAGGUGGAACGUUGACAGACAUUCUGGGAAGGCAUUAUCGCUACGGGAAGGAUGUACGAUUUCCGAAUGCUUGUGGCGUACUAGGAUCUGCCAGUGGCAUUGCUCACAAAGACAUACUAGCCAAGUUGCCGGACAGUGUGAAACAAGCGAUGAACAAAACAGAAUAGAUGACUUGUUCUAAUAAAGGUUCUAGUACAAUUAA